AUGACCCACGACCCUCCCGUCGCCCCGCCCCCGCGCCGCAGCGACAAGAUUGGCGGCAGGCGGGCAGCGGGCGGCGCGUCGUGCCCGCCGGGGGUCGGGCCUGGCGCUGGCAGCCUGGGGCCUAGCGCCAACCCCACCGCGCCCCCCAGCAACGCCGCCGCUUGCGCCCCGUUGCCGCCACCCCCUCCGUCCCCGCCACCAGGGCCCGUUCAGGACGCGCAGGCCGUGGGCGACGAGCGUGACGACGCGGGCCCGGGCGCGCUGCUGCGUUAGCCCGUGUACAACUGGCAGGCCACUAAACCCACGGUGCAGGAGCGCUUCGCCUUCCUCUUCAACAAACGAGGUGCUGUGCUGACGUGCACUUCCUGGUGGGCAAGGGGGCUCAGCUCGCGCUCGGUCCCCGCGCACAGGUCAACCCUCUCUUCUGGCUCAGGUUUGGUGUUAGCUUGUUGCAUUGCUGUCUUUGACGCUAUGUUCAAUGGUGGGAUGGCUACCACAUCCACCGAGAUCGAGUUGCCCGAUGUGGAGCCCGCUGCAUUCCUGGCACUGCUCAAGUUCCUGUAUUCAGAUGAAGUACAGAUUGGGCCUGAGACGGUGAUGACCACGCUGUACACAACCGCCAAGAAGUAUGCAGUGCCUGCGUUGGAGGCGCACUGUGUGGAGUUCCUGAAGAAGCACCUGCGGGCUGACAAUGCCUUCAUGCUGCUCACGCAGGCGCGGCUCUUCGAUGAGCCUCAGCUGGCCAGCCUGUGCCUGGAGAGCAUAGACAAGAACACGGCCGAUGCCAUCGCCGCCGAGGGCUUCACAGACAUUGAUCUGGACACCCUGGUGGCAGUGCUGGAGCGUGACACCUUGGGCAUCCGUGAGGUGAGGCUAUUCAAUGCUGUAGUUCGCUGGUCUGAAGGCCGAGUGUCACGGCAGCACCUUCAGGUGACACCUGAGAACAAGAGGAAGGUGCUGGAGGCCCUGGGUCUCAUCCUAUUCCCCCUGAUGACCAUUGAGGAGUUUGCCGCAGGCCCGGCACAGUCUGGCAUCCUGGUAGACCGCGAGGUGGUCAGCCUCUUCCUGCACUUCACUGUCAACCCAAGCCGCGGGGUGGAGUUUCAUUGACAGGCCCGGUGCUGCCUGCGGGGCAAGGAAUGCAGCAUCAACCGGUUCCAGCAGGUGGAGAGCCGCUGGGGCUACAGCGGCACCAGUGACAGAAUCAGGUUCUCUGUCAACAAGCGCAUCUUUGUGGUGGGCUUUGGGCUCUACGGCUCCAUCCACGGACCCACUGAUUAUCAGGUCAACAUCCAGAUCAUCCACACAGACAGCAACACGGUCCUCGCAAACGACACUGGUUUCAGCUGCGACGGCUCCGCCAGCAACUUCCGUGUGAUGUUCAAGGAGCUGGAGGUCCUGCCCAGUGUGAACUAAUACUGGCCUGCCGCCACACUCAAGGGGCCAGACUCUCACUAUGGCACCAAAGGCCUACGCAAGGUGACCCACGAGUCACCCACCACGGCUAAGACCUGCUUCACCGUCUGUUGCGCUGGGAACAACAACGGCACUUCCGUGGAGGAGGGGCAGAUCCCUGAAGUCAUCUUCUACACCUAGGGCCAUUAAACCCAGGUCGCCCCUCGGCCAUCUACAGGCCUCCCUCCCCACCACGUCCCCAUCACCACGGAAAGGGCUGCCUUGUGUCCACAGGGACAAGUGUGAGCGCUUGCCCAAGGCACUGGGGGGGUUCGGGCCAUGGGCUGGGCCUGUCAAGACAACCCCUCAGUCUUGGGGGGCAGAGUGGUCUUGGCCCUGGAUGGACAGCUGUUGGGGUCAAGGGCGGUGGAUUGGGAGUUGGUGUUUCCCACUCUGGUUCCCUGCAGCUCAGGGCAGCUGGCCAGCUCCGUGCCCAGGGCACUGCAAACCAUUUGUCCGUUCUCUUAAACUGCACAUUGCAAUGCAUUCAAGCCCACUCUCAGCUGGAGCCUGCGCUUGGGCCUGUCUUCCAGCCGGCGGUUUGGGUUUCAUGUUCCCUUCUGUUCUCUGCUGCUCCUGGGGACCCCAGGGCCUGACCUGUGUGCACUGAGGCCACCUGGACAUGGGCAAGUGCAGGGCACUGGUCAGUCCUGAGCAGCCUCGGAUGGGGCUACUGGGCCUUGCUGAAGCUCUACCCAGGGUGUGUGACACGUGGGCCAUCGUUCCUGCUCCUCCCAGGCAGUGACGUGCAAACCAUCGUUGUCCAGCCUCUGUGGACCAGCUCCUCCCCGUUGGGCCUAGAGGGCCGGAAUAGCAGGUUGAACCCCAUCAAGACACACUCGGCCUGCUGUUGGCACCCAGGGUACAAACAGCCCUGUGCAAAACCAUAGCCCUGGCCCUCUAAGGCCACCAGGCACCCUGUCUAGUGAUACCCUAGGAGGCACAGUUCCCUAUCUUGGGUCCCCCUCCUUCAUGUCCUCUGUACCUGUGACCUCCUACCCAGAUCCCAUGUCCUCCCCAAAGCCAUGGGAGGUGAACCCUCCACACUGUUUCCCCAAAUGAUUUUUUUUAAAAUAAAGGAGAGAAACAUC